AUGUCAGAAUUCUCAUUUCCAAAAAAACCGAAAAUAAAACCAUUCGAAUGCGGAUUGUGCAAGAAAACAUUUUCACGAAAAGAUCAUCUUCGGAAUCACCAACUGACACACGCAGAUUCAAGACAGUUUCGCUGCACAAUCGACAAUUGCCAAAAGACUUUCCGAAGAAAAGAUCGUCUCUCUGAGCACAUGAUAAAUUUCCACAACCUUCCCAAGGCAAUAUUCUGUCAUAUUUGCAACAUAACGUUCACAUCAAAGUCGCAGCUAUCCAAGCACAUGAACAAUCAACAUUAUGCUUACAAAUGUUCUGUAUGCAAGGCAGGGUUUGAGGAAUACGAGGAAAUGGUUAAACAUCAGCGAAUUUAUUGCAAAUCUGAAAUAUCGGUAAACCAAAAGACAUUGGACAUUGUGAGUGAGAGAAAUAAAAGCAACGAAGAAUGUUCUGGACAAUCCAAACUGCAGGCUGCUCAAAGUAAUAAUGUGAGAAUGGCACGAGUGGUUGACUUUGUUGGUGGGAAUUCCACUCCUGUUUUAAAGACUGAUAGUAAUGCCGAUCCUGAGACAUACAAUCAAUCAGUCCCCAUUUGGUGGCAAGUCGUUGAAAUAUUUGUAAAUUCGCAAAUCCGGGAGAAAAAGGAUCCUACAUUUUCUUACGACUGUUACUUGGAUUGGUGCAGAAAUCGAAAUGAGUGA